GCAAGUCCGAUCAUGAUCUUUGUCGAUAAGCAGAAAUACACAAAUGAAGGUUUAGCUAAUUUACUCAAGUUUGAAAAGAUAGCUAUAAACAUUCCUGACCAUUUCUCAGCGAGAAUAAACCUUGACAAGACUAAAAGUUAUUGUUUAUAUGUAGAUCUCACGAAAUCAACAAAGAGUAAAGACAAAGAAUAUAACCCAGUUGAACUUAAGACAAUGGGUAAGAACUUACUCAAAGCUGCUAUCAAACCUGUCGAAGAGAUCGACAUUGAGGAUGAAGCAGAAGAAAUAGAUGUAGAUCCUGAAGUGUUAUAA